GUUCAAGCCGAGUGGGGACCGGGCUAAGGGUAGGAGAUGGGGGCGGAAAACUGACGCUGACACCGGUACACCUGGACACCACACGAGCAUCGCUUGUGACAGCGCCCCCGGUCCGGUCGAGGGCAGCGGGGGGAGGAGGGAAGGAGGUGGAGAAGGAGGAGGAGGCGGGAGCAGCAUCCGGAGCGGAGCUGCAGCAGCGCCGCCUUUUGUGCUGCGGCCGCGGAGCCCCCGAGGGCCCGCUGCUCAGCACCACAUCGGGGCCCAGAGGCUAUGGCCUGCCUCCAUGAGACCCGCACACCCUCCCCUUCUUUUGGGGGCUUCGUGUCUACCCUAAGUGAGGCUUCCAUGCGCAAGCUGGACCCAGACACUUCAGACUGCACCCCUGAGAAGGACCUGACACCCACCCAGUGUGUACUUCGUGAUGUAGUGCCUCUUGGUGGUCAGGGCGCAGGUGGGCCCAGCCCCUCCCCAGGUGGAGAGCCACCUCCUGAGCCUUUUGCCAAUAGUGUCCUGCAGCUACAUGAGCAGGAAACAGGGGGUUCAGGAGGAGCCACGGGAUCACCUGAGAGUCGGGCAUCUAGAGUCCGAGCUGACGAGGUGAGGCUACAGUGCCAGAGUGGCAGUGGCUUCCUUGAAGGCCUCUUCGGCUGCCUACGCCCAGUCUGGACUAUGAUUGGCAAAGCCUACUCCACGGAACACAAGCAGCAGCAGGAAGACCUUUGGGAGGUUCCUUUUGAGGAAAUCCUGGACCUGCAGUGGGUAGGCUCCGGGGCCCAGGGAGCUGUCUUCCUGGGGCGCUUCCAUGGGGAGGAGGUAGCUGUGAAGAAAGUACGAGACCUCAAGGAGACCGACAUCAAGCACCUGAGAAAGCUGAAGCACCCCAACAUCAUCACUUUCAAGGGUGUGUGUACCCAGGCGCCCUGCUACUGCAUCCUCAUGGAGUUCUGCGCCCAGGGCCAGCUAUAUGAGGUGCUGCGGGCUGGCCGCCCUGUCACCCCGUCCUUGCUGGUUGACUGGUCCAUGGGCAUUGCCGGAGGCAUGAACUACCUGCACCUGCACAAGAUCAUCCACAGAGACCUCAAGUCCCCCAACAUGCUAAUCACAUAUGACGACGUGGUGAAGAUCUCAGAUUUUGGCACUUCCAAGGAGCUGAGUGACAAGAGCACCAAGAUGUCCUUUGCAGGGACGGUAGCCUGGAUGGCCCCUGAGGUGAUCCGCAAUGAGCCUGUGUCUGAGAAGGUUGACAUCUGGUCCUUUGGUGUGGUGCUAUGGGAACUCCUGACUGGUGAGAUCCCUUACAAAGAUGUAGAUUCCUCAGCCAUCAUCUGGGGUGUAGGAAGCAACAGUCUUCAUCUGCCCGUACCCUCCAGCUGCCCAGAUGGCUUCAAAAUCUUACUUCGUCAGUGCUGGAACAGCAAACCACGAAAUCGUCCAUCAUUCCGACAGAUCCUGCUGCAUCUGGACAUUGCCUCAGCUGACGUACUCUCCACACCCCAGGAGACUUACUUUAAGUCCCAGGCAGAGUGGCGGGAAGAGGUAAAGCUGCACUUUGAGAAGAUCAAGUCUGAAGGAACCUGUCUGCACCGCCUAGAAGAGGAGCUGGUAAUGAGGAGGAGGGAGGAGCUCAGACAUGCCCUGGAUAUCAGGGAGCACUAUGAACGGAAAUUGGAGAGAGCCAACAACCUAUACAUGGAACUCAAUGCCCUCAUGUUGCAGCUGGAACUCAAGGAGCGGGAGCUGCUCAGGCGAGAACAAGCUUUAGAGCGGAGAUGCCCAGGCCUGCUAAAGCCACACCCUUCUCGGGGCCUCCUUCAUGGAAACACAAUGGAGAAACUCAUCAAGAAGAGGAAUGUGCCACAGAAACUGUCACCCCAUAGCAAAAGGCCAGAUAUCCUGAAGACAGAGUCCUUGCUACCUAAACUAGAUGCAGCACUAAGUGGCGUGGGGCUUCCAGGGUGUCCUAAGGGUCCCCCCUCACCAGGACGGAGUCGCCGUGGCAAGACACGUCACCGCAAGUCCAGCGCCAAGGGCAGCUGUGGGGACCUCCCUGGGCUUCGUGCAGCUGUGCCACCCCAUGAACCUGGAGGACCAGGAAGCCCAGGGGGCCUAGGAGCAGGACCCUCAGCUUGGGAGGCUUGCCCUCCUGCCCUCCGUGGGCUCCACCAUGACCUUCUGCUCCGCAAGAUGUCUUCUUCAUCCCCAGACCUGCUGUCAGCAGCACUGGGAGCUCGGGGUCGGGGGGCCACAGGAGGAGCUGGGGAUCCUGGCUCACCACCUCCAGCCCGUGGUGACACCCCCCCAAGUGAAGGCUCAGCCCCUGGUUCCACCAGCCCUGAGUCACCUGGGGGGGCCAAAGGGGAGCCGCCUCCACCAGUAGGGCCUGGCGAUGGUGUAGGGCUGCUGGGAACUGGAAGGGAAGGGACAGCGGGCCGGGGAGGAAGCCGGGCUGGGUCCCAGCACUUGACUCCAGCUGCACUGCUCUACAGGGCUGCUGUCACUCGGAGUCAGAAAAGAGGAAUCUCUUCAGAAGAGGAAGAAGGAGAGGUAGACAGUGAAGUAGAGCUUACAUCAAGCCAGAGGUGGCCUCAGGGCAUGAAUAUGCGCCAGUCACUAUCUACCUUCAGCUCAGAGAAUCCAUCAGAUGGGGAGGAGGGCACAGCUAGUGAGCCUUCUCCCAGUGGCACACCUGAAGUUGGCAGCACCAACACUGAUGAACGGCCAGAUGAACGGUCUGAUGACAUGUGUUCCCAGGGUUCAGAAAUCCCACUGGACCCACCUGCCUCAGAGGCUGUUCCAGACCCUUCCUCCCAGCCCAUACCACACCAGGACCUACUCAGAGGUGAGCAGGGCCCUCCUAAUUCUGAGGACUCAGACUGUGACAGCACUGAAUUGGACAACUCCAACAGCGUUGAUGCCUUGAGGCCCCCAUCCUCACUCCCUCCAUGAAAGCCACUCCAAUUCCCUGUAUAUAGAGAAAUAUUUAUAUAAAUAAUAUAUAUGCGCCACAUAAUCAGAGGAAGAUGGGGCUGUCCCAAGCUUAAAUCAGGCUUGUGGGGAACUGACCCCUGAUAAAAGUCAAGGGAUACAGGCAGCUGUGGAGAUGAAUGACAAGUACUGUCCUAGAGCUGUGUGGAAACUGGGGAAAUUGGCCCCUUCUUGCUUCACCCCAUUCCUUAUGUUCAGCAAGCAAUGCUUGUCACUAGGAUCUUUACCCCCAACUUUGGGAGGCAGAAGGAACCAUGUAGACUGCACUUUUCUGUUUUCCGUUUACUCUGUUUACACAUUUUGCACUUGGGAGGAGGGAGACUAAAGCUGGGUCCUCCCUUCUGAGGUUUCUCAGGUGGCAAUGUAACUCCUUUCUUUGUCCCUCCCUUUCUCUGCUAACCCCUGGCUUAGGGCCCAGGGUGAGGUUGAGAGACUUGAUAGCAUGUGAUGAUGGCUCAGGCUGAAGAACUAGGGUGCUGUUUAAGUCCCUGCUUUUAUCCUGGUGCCUGAUUGGGGUGGGGACUGUCAUAUUGUAUCCCUGUGAAAAACCUUGAAAUAUAACCACUCCAUGCAGGCCCAGCUGUUGAGGGUU